AUGAUUGAUGUGGGAUCAGCAUUAGCCUAUCUCCAUCAAGGCUAUUUUGUUCCCGUUGUUCACUGUGAUCUAAAGCCAAGCAAUGUCUUGCUCGAUGAAGAUAUGGUUGCGCAUGUGAGUGACUUCGGCGUAGCAAAGUUAUUAGGGGUAGGAGAAAGUAUUGCACAGACCAAAACACUUGCAACCUUUGGGUACAUUGCACCAGGUAACAUUCAUGUCAACAUGCUUCAUUCCUCCUUCAAAUUUCAACCAUGUGAAAGAUGCCAUAUUCUCUGGACAUCUUGUUUUAUUUUCAAUGUAGAGUUUGGAUUGGUCUCUACAAGGUGCGACAUUUAUAGCUGUGGUAUCAUGUUGAUGGGAACUUUUACGAGAAAGAAGCCAACAGAUGAAAUGUUUGCUGAAAAUUCAAGCUUGAAGGGGUGGAUAAGACGAUCAUGUCCACACGCAAUGGAUGAGAUAGUAGACCCUGAGCUAAUGAUACCAGAGGAAAAGAACAAAACAGGAAAAGUUCAGUGCUUAUCAUCCAUCAUGGAAUUAGCUCUGAGGUGCACUGCAGACUUGCCAGAGGAAAGAAUGAAUAUCAAACAUGUUCCUGCUCAACUGAAGAACAUCAUAACUAUGUUGGAAAAUGUAAUAAUGCACUAA